AACCCGAGCAUUCCUGCGAGAGGUCCCGGGUUCAAUCCCCGGGUGGCCCCCUGAACUGUUGUAUCCCUUCCUAGCCAUCAUGUGGUGGUGAGGGAGCUACAUUUUUGCUCUUUUCUCAUGUCUCAUGUGGAAGAGAGAUCACCUAAAACUUAGCUCGAUUCAUUCGGCCCUUUCGGAGAAAAAAAUACCAUGUGGGAAGGAAGGGUUAGGGCUGCAUCUAGCGAGAUCUGGAUUCUGGCUCUGUCGGGCGAUCCCAAAAUGCGACCAGACAUCGUGCCAUAGGCAGGGUCAGGCUUAUAAAGGGGUGCCAGCAACAUGUUCUAGCAUCCAUCAACAAGCUGCUCACCAAUCCUCGCGUGAGCAUCACCCAGCCGCCACAACGAUGAAGACCACCGCCGUCAUCAUCAGCGCCCUCCUGGCCUCGGCAAUCAGCGCCAGUCAAGUCUCACAGGGCUACCACGAGGGCUCUUCGCACGGCUACUACGAGAGUCCCUCGAAAGACUAUCACGACGGCCACUUGCACGACUACCACGAGGACGCCUCUCACGGUUCCUACGAGAGUCCAUCGAAGGACUACCACGAGGCCCACUCACAAGCCUAUCGCCAGAACCCCUCAUACGGCCACCACGAGAGCUCCUCGCACGGCCACUACGAGAGCCCUUCGCACGGCUACCACAAGACCGACGGCCGGGACGAGGACGGCUACUACGAGAACGACUUGCACGGCAACCACGAGUACCCCUCGCACAACUACCAAGUCUCGCACGGAUACCAGGAGAACCCCUCGCACGACUACCGCGAGAACCCCUCUCACAGCUACUACGAGAACCCUUCGCACGGCUACCACGAGACCGACGGUCGAGGCGAGGACAACUACUACGAGAGCCCCUCGCACAACCACCGCGAGAAUCCGUCACAUGGACACUACGAGAGCUCCGCUUACGCGCCUUACUCCGCCGCCACCACCGGCAAGACCACCUCCUACACCCCAACCACCAGCAGCGCCUAUUACACCCCGACCACCAAAAAGGAGACCAGUACCACAGCCUAUUACACCUCGACCACCAAGAAGGAGACCACCACCAGCGCCUACUACACCUCGACCACCAAGAAAGAGACCAGCACCAGCACUUACUACACUCCGACCACCAAGAAGGAGACCACCAGCACCGCCUACUACACCCCGACCUCCAGCGCUCAUACUCACUACUACACCCGCCCAUCCGAGACGUCAGAAUACCACCACCGGACCAACAGCACCACCAUCCGCCGCCCGUACCACAGCAACACCCACAACGCGGACCGCCCUGAGCAUACCGGCUACCCCGAUCACAACGACCGGCCCGAUCAUGCCCACGGUCACACCGGCUACCCUGAUCACGGUCACGGUGGCUACACCACCUCCUCCUACCCGGCCUACACCACCACCACCAGCCGGGCCACGCACACAUCCACGCAUGGUACCGCGAGCCCAUCGCAUUCGUCGCCGGUCCACACGGCCGGGGCUGCGGUCAACCGGGCUGCUGGAGCGCUUGUUGUUCUUGGGGGCAUGGUCGCUCGUUUGAUAUGAGUUGCAACAGCUGCGCUGGCCAGUGGUUGAAGUUGAGUUAGCACCGGGGUGUUGAGGGUUGAUGAUGGCUGAGAAGUUGACGAGGCGGACGACAGGGGAGGUGGGUGAAUAUCGGAUGCGGA